AUGCUGGCUCAGAGUGCGCUGGUGGGUGGAUGGAACGACGGGUAUACGAGCCCCGGGGGAUAUUUGAGCGCGCUGCCAAAGAAUUUCCAAGACCAACGAUACCAUAAAAGAGACUCGUCGGGAUCCUCUGUAACCUCACUGGGUCCGCCCUCGCCUCUCAACCACAACACUUUAUACCCACAAAUUGUCGCCACUUCUGACUCGAGUUUUCCACCUUCCUACGAGUUCGACUACACCCAACAAACUCCACACACUGCCAAGUCUGAAUCUGCUGCCAUUAUGUACCCCACCAAUUUCUCUGCCGUCGACAUGAGAAGGAUACACUCAACAGGCGCCGACGAGCGUGCGUCAUAUGCCUUGUCUGCGCCGCAGUCGGUCUCGACAAUGAGUCACAACUCUCCCGCGACGCCGCAUACUACUUAUGAGCCCGAGUACGACGAGAAAAAUGUCUAUGGUGAGGAAAACACUGCCGGCGACGAGAUGUUCGAUUACUUACAGUUCGACCCAGGUUACACCAACGUUUACCAGCAGUCAUUACAAGAUGUCUUUCCUGACCAACAUUUUGCCAGUCCCAUGGGUGCCUACCCUCCACAAGCGCAACAGAACAUGCAGAGGAUGACCGUCAACGCUCACCGGCAGAACAUGAUGGCCGACAGACUGCAGGCAGCACAGCAAGACCACUUGAGAACAAACUCGCCGACGUCGAACCCUCGCGAGAAGUCUCCGUUUAGGCAGAACUCGCCAUACAACAUGCCGGCGCCUGCACAGCGGCCGCAGCCAACGCUGCGAAAGCAACGCACUUCGAUAUCACCCAAGGAACUGAUGUUGGACGAGCACGACGUCGACGACCACUCGACGCCACUGUUCGCUGCCGACCAGUCACAGUCGAUGUUCGCAGGCCGUAGAAACCCAUCGAAUCUCUCAAGCUUCUACACUGCGGCCAGCGAGCCUUCGAUACAGAUCCCGCCACAAUAUUCUUUUGUCGGCCAGUCGUCGAGGCAAGCAGCUCAGGCAGGAAUGCACGACAUGAGUCCGGAGUUCCCGGCGCAUUUGAUCUCGAUGGAGUCGACUGCAGACGAAUCGUUGGAGCCUUCCAGCCAACAACCCGCGCAGAGGCCUAGGCCACAGUCGCAAACUGCUGCGCCUCAACAGCAGCAGCCACAAAGUCAACAGCAGCGACCGGUCGACACAUCAUCUGACUCAGGCACUUACUCGUGUACGUAUCACGGUUGUCACCUGAGAUUCGACACACCUGCGAAACUUCAGAAACACAAGAGGGAAGGGCACAGGCAGUCACCGUCGUCAUCCGGAUCCACGAACUUGGCCUUGCGCAACUCGCAAGCUGGUCCGCACCGAUGCGACCGAAUCAAUCCUAGCACCGGCAAGCCUUGCAACUCGAUCUUUUCUCGGCCGUACGACCUCACGAGGCAUGAGGACACCAUUCACAAUGCCCGGAAGCAGAAGGUCCGCUGCCACCUGUGUACAGAAGAGAAGACUUUCUCACGUAACGAUGCGUUGACACGGCACAUGCGCGUGGUUCAUCCUGAUGUCGACUGGGUUGGCAAACAGAAGCGCAAGAAUCAAAAGUGA